AAUUAUAUGGAGUACAAAUCACCCUGCGAUACCUAGGCGCCGAUGUACAGUCGGCCUUAACGCGAGCACCAAGGGCUGGGAAUGGACGGAACCGUAGAGGUCAUUAGGACGGCUACCAGUCGCACCAGACCGUUCUACUCGCAUGAGUGUUCUUCUUCUCGAAGUGUUAGGUCUUGGAGCCCUAGGAACCGCGCUCUCCACUUGCCUUCCUCCCCAAUCAAAAUUGCUAUCAGGAAGAGCAAAGGCGUUCUCCGUCCUCUACUACGUUCUUUCCGGAGUUCACUGUCAUCUUCCGCAGCAUCGACCAAGCAAAUGACGAGCAAAGAGAAGGGAGCGCAGGUUGAGACCCCUUCAAUGAAGCUUCUUUUCGUUGAGAUGGGUGUCGGAUACGAUCAGCACGGGCAAGACAUUACUGCUGCGGCAAUGAGGGCAUGCAGGGAUGCUAUCUCUUCCAAUUCAAUUCCAGCUUUCCGAAGUGGGUCGAUUCCUGGUGUUAACACUGAUCAAAUGAAACUUCAGAUAAAGCUUGGAGUUCCCCACUCUGUUCAGCAAUCACUUGACAUUGAAAGGGUGAAAUCUGUCUUUCCAUAUGGUCAAAUUCUUAACGUUGAAGUUGUUGACGGGGGAAUGAUAUGCUCGAGUGGUGUUUGCCUGGAAGCAAUGGGGGAUAAGAAUGAUGACUGCUACAUAGUCAAUGCUGCUGUGUAUGUUGGUUAUUAAUGCCUUGAUUUUCAUCUUUUUCUCUUCGUCUUGUGUUGUUGUUCUUAGAGGUCAAUUUAGGAAAAAGUAUCUUCUCUUUCUACCUAUACAUUCCUUACAUAAUGGUUGAAUUCUUCUUUUGAAACUGGUACUUUACCGUGCGCUCAUCCUUGAUGUUGACAAAGGAGAUAAAAGUCCUACUUGUCUCCAUUUUGUGUAUUCUUUAGCGAGCUAAUCCCACGGGCAUCCAAAAUCUUAUGCGUUGGUUUUUGUUAUUUUUGUCACCCCAAAUUUUCCUGUCAUGAUACAGCUCACCUUGAUCUGUUGAUUGGGAGCUUAGGCUACGAAUUAAGAGAUCUUAGGUUCGAGUCUUGUAUAUGCGAUGUGUGUAUGGGUCUGCCUUAAUUAGCCUAAAUACCCAAAAUAAAUAAAUUUUCAUGUCAUGUCGUCAUUGUUUGUAUAUUGUUGUAAUGUAAAACCAGCUUGGCGUGUAUUUAACUUUUGGCUAUUCAUGUGGAUUAAUA